AUGUCACCCCGCGACCGCACGUCCGAGUUCCACUCGGCCCUGUCGUCCAUUCGUGCGCGUACCGCUGCAGCUUCAACGCCGCGCUCGACGCCGAAGCCUGGACCGCAGCACCCGAGCGAGUUCGGGCGCAUGGCGGGACAAAUCGCAAAGGACAUCACGCAGACGACGCACAAGUUGCAGAAGUUGGCGCAGUGUGAGUUACUCCGUGGGCAGAACUUUACAGGGUUCCUGAGCGCAUCACGGCCUGUGGGCCGGUUACGCGUCUAUGACCUUGCCUCUGCACGGACGUUGGCCAUGGCAACAGCGCGCAUAGAGCUGGUACCAGUGCACAAGGGUGACCAUUUCACUGCUGUCCGCAAUCGCUGCUCGCGGCCACCGGCCGCCGAGGGAAGACGCCAACAUAACGCUAACAUCCCAGUGGCGAAGCGCAAGACGCUGUUCGAUGACCGUCCCAUGGAGAUUUCGGAGCUCACGUAUAUCAUCAAGCAGGACAUGUCGCACCUGAACUCGCAGAUCGGGGAUCUGGCGACAUAUACGAAGACGCACCACGACGCGCGCGGAAAGGCGGUGGAGCAGCACAACUCGAAUGUGGUGACGCUGCUGCAAAGCCGGGUGAAGGAGAUGGCGAUGGGAUUCCAGGACGUGCUCGAGCUUCGUACGCAGAACAUGAAGGCGAGCCGGGAUCGGACAGAGCAGUUCAUGCACACGACGAGUGCCGCAGCUGUUCCCGCGCCAGCGAAGGGUGAGCUGCCUAGUACGACUGAUAUAGCUAAUAUCACAGACUCACUCCUCUUCGCUCCCGCCGGUGGACCAGGAAGCGGGCUCAAGGGCAAAACGCGGGCCGCCCCCGACGGCGGCGCAGACUUCUUAGCCCUCAACAUUGACGAGCCUCAGCAGACCCAGGACUACCAGCAGAUGCAGCUCAUGGAGCAGCAGGACGACUUCAUCCAGUCGCGGUCGAACGCGAUUGAGACGAUCGAGAGCACCAUCUCGGAACUUGGAGGCAUGUUCUCGCAACUCGCGAGCCUUGUGCAGAUGCAGCGCGAACGCAUCGAUACGAUCGACCAGAACGUCCACGACGUCGACAUGAACAUCAACGCGGCUCACGGACAGCUCCUCAAGUACUACGAGAGCAUCUCCUCCAAUCGGUGGCUCAUGCUCAAGAUCUUUGGCGUCCUCAUCAUCUUUUUCCUCGUCUUCAUCCUUGUCUCCUAA